AAGGCAAAUUGUUUGAUUAUAGAAAACCUAACAGCUUGUGAUAGAGAUUAGAAACAUCAACCAUGAUGGCCGCAUGCAGCUCAAGAUAAGUGGCUCCCAAAAGAACACCUCAUCACAUUGAUUCGACGUGUUGUUAAAGAAGCCAAUCAUGGAUGCCUUUCAAUUACUAUUCACAUAAUACAUUAAGAAGCAUGCAAUGGCUGCCCCAGAGAAGGCUAGGGUGAUGGCAUGGCUAGAUUCAGAGCACCACAGCGAUCCUACAAAUAGCAUCAGAAACCACAGCCACCCAACAGAAGUACCUGGCCUGUUUUUAGAGAGCCUGUUCCAAGUCCAGAGGAAGGGUGAGUCCUGGCCUCAUGUCACAAGGAAAGCUCUAAACACCGUAGAUCAUUUUUCUCUCUCUCUCUUCGUCUCCUUUCUCCUUGGAGGAUUCCAAGCAGACCAGAAGUAUCUUGGUUCCCCACAAUCACAGCGUUCUCUCUCGCCCUUCACCUCUCCUCCCUCAGGGAGGGAGGAAUACAGAGGCACGAAGCGGCGCAGAGUAGACGCUUAUGAAACAUCCCCUCUAGUUGCUGCUGUUGCGCCAAAAAAUCAAAGAGGAUGGAGAAGAAGGCCGCCAUCCUCAUGAACCGGUACGAGCUCGGCCGCAUGCUCGGGCAAGGCACCUUUGCCAAGGUGUACCAUGCACGGCACCUUGCGUCCAACCAGAGUGUCGCCAUCAAGGUCAUUGACAAGGAGAAGGUGUUGCGUGUUGGCAUGAUUGAGCAGAUCAAGCGGGAGAUCUCCAUCAUGCGCCUUGUUCGCCACCCCAAUGUCGUCCACCUGCACGAGGUCAUGGCCAGCAAGAGCAAGAUAUACUUUGCAAUGGAGUAUGUUCGGGGAGGUGAGCUCUUUGGCAAGGUAGCCAGGGGCCGACUCAAGGAAGAUGCUGCUAGGAAGUACUUUCAACAGCUGAUAGGGGCUGUGGACUUCUGCCACAGCCGUGGUGUCUAUCACCGGGACCUCAAACCCGAGAACCUCCUCGUGGACGAGCACGGAAACCUCAAGGUGUCAGACUUUGGGCUGAGUGCCCUCAAGGAGUGUCAGAAGCAAGACGGGCUGCUGCACACGACGUGCGGCACACCUGCAUAUGUUGCACCAGAGAUAAUCAACAAGAAGGGCUAUGAUGGAGCAAAGGCAGACAUAUGGUCUUGUGGUAUCAUACUUUUUGUUCUGCUUGCUGGCUACUUACCAUUCCAAGACUCAAAUUUGGUGGAGAUGUACCGGAAGAUCAGCAAAGGUGAUGUCAGGUAUCCACAUUGGUUCACUUCUGAUGUCCGGAAGCUUCUAUGCAAGUUGCUCGAUCCAAAUCCAAACAGUAGGAUCACCAUCGAGAAGCUGGUUGAGCACCCGUGGUUCAAAAAGGGUUACAAACCAGCAGUUAUGCUGGGACAGCCACAUGGCUCGAACAGCCUAACGGAUGUCCAGGCUGCUUUCGGCACUGACCAGAAGGACAAUAAAGCAGAACAACCAGAGAGCCCUUUGAAGCCAGUGAGCUUGAAUGCAUUUGACAUCAUAUCCCUCUCCAAAGGAUUUGAUCUUUCUGGCCUAUUUGACGACCAAGAGCAGAAAGCGAACUCGCGGUUCAUGACCCAAAAACCCGCAUCAGCAAUAGUAUCGAAGCUUGAGCAGAUAGCUGAGACAGAGAGCUUCAAGGUGAAGAAGCAGGAUGGACUGGUGAAGCUGCAGGGAUCCAAAGAAGGGAGGAAGGGGCAGCUUGCAAUCGAUGCGGAGAUCUUUGAAGUGACGCCAUCCUUCUAUGUCGUCGAGGUGAAGAAAUCGGCAGGAGACACAUUGGAGUACGAAAGGUUCUGCAAAAAGGACCUAAGACCUUCACUCAAUGACAUCUGCUGGAACGGGCAGUCAGAUGAAAAGCUUCGAUCACUAGCAGAUUCAUCAACUCUGACCCAGUCUUCUAAGUCGACCACAAGAAAUGCCAUUUGAGUGCAACCUCAUCAGAGAUGCAAUUAAAAUCCAUUCUCCUCUCUCUUUUUCCCUUUUUUCGUCAAAGAGCUGAGACUUCGCUCACUUGAGCAUCAGGCUUUAGGGCUCUUUGUUGAUCUUUUUGCAGUUUUUCUUUUCUAGUAGCAAUCGCUGAACAUGGAUUUCCAUCUCUUUUCGCCAAUAGAAGCAUGGAAAUCAUAGGGUAAUAAAGUACUUCUUUCAGUGUUGCUCUGGUGCAAA